AUGCGUUCUACGAGAGGGUUUGGGCUGAUUAAUUGUCAACCAUUGGCUGCAGCUGAUGAUACUACUACGAUUGCUGAAAAAAAUUGGGCCUCUGAGUAUCACGAUGGGAGUCAUGAUUUGGUUUAAAAGCGGUACAAUCCCCUCCAUUCUAGACACGAAAAUAUCUUUCCCAAAUCUGAUACCCUAACCAUCUUUUACACUGCAAUCAUCGCUCGGCCAAAUCACAAGACACUCACACGCUUUCAGGAUGACGACAACUCGGGAGAUUCGAUGGGGCAUUCUGGCGACUGGUGCCAUCUCGCAGACGUUCACAAAGGAUUUACUCGUUGAUCCAAACACUCGCGGCGUCAGCAACCUCAAGCACACAGUCGUCGCUGCUGCCUCGUCUUCGUCAAGCGCCCGCGCCGAGACGUUUCUCAAAGACGUCGGGGCUUCCUCCGCUGCCAAGGCGUACGGCUCUUAUGAGGAGCUGGUGCAGGAUGCCGACGUCGAGAUCAUCUACGUCGCCACGCCGCACUCACAUCACUACCAAAAUGUCAUGCUCUGCCUCGAGGCUGGCAAACAUGUCCUUUGCGAGAAGGCCUUCACCGUAAAUGCCAAGCAAGCGCGUAUCUUGGUGGACAAAGCCAGAGAAAAGGGACUAUUCCUGAUGGAGGCGUUCUGGACGAGAUACUUUCCUGUGACGGACUACGUUCGAGAUGUCAUUAGCUCUGGAAGACUGGGCACGGUUCAUAGAGUCUUCUCAGACCUGAGCAUGGGAAUGUCUCCGGAAACCACGUUCAAGGACGGAAAACAUCGCAUGGUAAACCCAGAUCUUGCUGGUGGCCCGCUGCUUGACCUCGGCGUUUACGCUUUGACGUGGCCAUUCCUAGUAUUCUACAAGGACCUGGCACCAGGCGAAGCACCAAAAGUUCUUGCAUCGAUGAAGAAGUACAAGCCAACUGGUGCGGACGAGACUACGACUAUUCUUCUAACCUUCCCUCGAGCUGAGUCCGCCGGUGGCGACGCCCACGCCGUAGCCACCACCUCUAUGCGAGUCGGCAGCCAACAAAACGAUCCCACCCCCCAGGCAAGCGUGCGGAUCCAGGGCGAGCAGGGAGAACUGCAGCUCUUCCCCAUGGCGCAGAACCCCAGCGCCACCAAGCUCAUUCUCAAAGACGGCACAGUGGAGGAAAAGCAAUGGCCCAAGCCAGGCCCAGGCAAGGGCAGUGGCUGGUACAAUGGAUUCCUGCACUACAUGAACCCGGAGGGCGAGGGCCAGGGCAUGUUCUGGGAAGCUGACGAGGCGGGCCUGGCGAUUAUUGAAGGGCGAAAGGAGGGCAGGCGUCUGGACUUGACUGAGACCAUUGCCGUCAUGGAUGUGUUGGAUGAAGUUCGUCGCCAGGGAGGUCUAGUGUACCCGGAGAGUAUCGAAACCGUAGAGUAUCCGGCCAAGGUUUAGGGAUGUUUUCUAGUAAACCUCAAGUAGCAAAGACAUUGGCUUCAACCAAACUUCAAUGUGCAAUAGAUUAGAUCAGACG